UGUGGAGCUAGAGUUGCCCUGCCCCUGACACUGUCCUGCCCUGCACAGGUGUCACAUGAGAGGUGACAGGCUACGAGAGCAAACCAGGUCAGGGUAAAGGACAAGGUAAGACACCUCACAUCUUUUCCUCCUGUGUGGUUGCCCCCAGGGCCUUUUUACAUCAGCUAGGCCUACAAUAACAUAGCAGAGCUAGGGAGAGAGAGGGAGAGGGAGAGAGCGAGAGAGACUGUAGACAAAAUUCCGAUGUACGUUGCUCAAUAACACCAUUACUGCCUAUUUAUUUUUGGAAACUGAUAUGUAGCUGCGCUUUCUUUGAUUAAUAUCAAAACAUCUGAAAUCAUAAUCAUUUACAUGGUGUGAUCUUCAGUAAACCAAAUCUUGAAAUAAAUAGUCAAAAUGUAAUUUUAUUUUAUGUUAUUUGCACUUUUCCAUUGAGUUUAUUUACUUAUAAUACACACAGCUGCUCUUCUUGAAAUGUAUCAUAACAAUGUUGAGAGCGCCUAAAUGACCGAUAUUGACAAGUGUAGAGAGGUAGGUAGCUUAACAUUCAUCUAUAGGACAAAGGCUAAAAUUACUUACUUCGACUGUUAUUUGUGGAGAAACGUUAACAUAGGCCUGGUCGGAUCUGAACAUUACCUGCAAGUCUAUCUUGCACAUUCUAAAGAAGACAGAAUUAAUCAGAAACAGUAUGAUCAUUGUUUGAACAACUAAUCUAAAGGUUUUUAAUGAAGGCCUCACAAUUCAACACAAUGCAUUUUACAGUAGGCCCCUAUGCAUCUGAGAUACAGUAUUAUCUCAAUGGCCAUUUUCAUUUGAAUGGCAGUUCGUACUGUACAUGUCAUGUUCUCUCACUGAAUGUGUGAUGGCCUGGGAUAUAAUACAGGUUGAGAUUGAACAGCUCUGUGUACAAUACCUUUAUUCAGUAUUACACUGCCCUCAAGUGUUCAUAGAUCACAUUGUUAUCAACCAUAGCAUGGGAGACGGACAGGCCAAAAGAUACACACUCUGCACAACAAACAAACAUGAGUUUUUAUGAUUAGCAUUUUUUGGCAUUGUUAUAUUUGAGGUUGACUUUAUUUUGGAGCUAUUGAAUCGGGGGGAUCAUUUUUAUCUUGAUUUUCUUCCAGGUUAUGACGCUGCCAGGAGUGUUGAAGUCCAUUCAGAGACUAUGAGCACCAGCUGUAAUCGGUGAGUGGUUCUCCAUGGAUGGCUGCUCUGGUCAGCGGGUCAGAUACAGUCACAUACAGUAUACUCAGAUAAAACUGUAGGAUAAUAUAAUCUCAGUCAGGCAAACUCAAAGAUAAACCUAUUGCAGUUUUAUAUCUGAGGUGUCACUGACAACCCUGUGAUCAUUUGGUAUGUAGGCCACAGUAGCGCUGCAAGUUUUUUAAAUGUACCUUUAUUUAACUAGGCAAGUGAGUUAAGAACAAAUUCUUAUUUACAAUGACAUCCUACACCGGCCAAACCCGGACGACACUGGGCCAAUUGUGCGCCGCCCAAUCACGGCCGGUUGUGAUACAGCCUGGAAUCGAACCAGGGAGUCUGUAGUGACGCCUCAAGCACUGAGAUGCAGUGCCUUAGACCGCUGCGGCACUCUGGAGCCCGUACAGUAGGUCUAUAAAAGUAAUUGACCACCCUACUGUUACAGUACUGUUACUGUAGUGCUUUGUGUUACUGACCAUGCUGCUGUUUACCACAUUCUGUGUGUUUUAUAUGUAGGCCUAGUAUGUAUGUCCCCAUCUGUGCUGUAGUAUGUAAUGUGCGACCCCCCUCCCCUCUCUAUGGCUCACUGUGGCAUCAGCACAUUUCCAGCCUCUGUAAACACAAUAACCCCAAAGGUCACAGCGGGGUCACACUCACUGUCAGUGUUAAUCUCUGUGAUAGUUUUAUUGAACUCACACAAAAGCAUACAAACACACAAUAGGAAGAGAACUAACUAUGAGCUGCAUCGUCAGACACCAGACAUUUCAGAAUGGAGUUGGUGUCAUAAGGACUAGAGUACAGAAUGAUAUUAGUAGAUCCUUCAAACUCAAUACCAAAAUGUAUUUUGAAGCAAGUGGGAUUUAUGAAAUGUUGCUGAGAUCGACUAAAAUUACAAUCUGUUACGAUGUUAUGAGGUUCAUUCUAAGGUUUAUCAAAUUUUGUUUGGGUGCAUUGGUGUUUUCAAAUGACUAAGAUGGCCUCAGUCUAUUGAAAAUUGUUAAUAUUUAAUGGAGUUCAUAGUACAACACCGCCAAGAUGAGAGAUGCACUGUUAACCAUUUGUUGACACUUUUACAGAGCUCUUUUCAGAAUAAGCAGUUGCCUGGUUUUUAAGGCUUGCUAGGGUUGCUAUUUGUGUUAUCAUUCACCAUAGCCUAUGUGUGAGAAGGUAGGCCUGUAUCUUCCCCUAAUAAAUUUGUUGCAUAGAUAAAUUGUUUAUUUUUGCGAGUUUUACACCCCGCCCUCUGUCUGUCUGUGUUCAGUCGGCGCCGUGUGUGUUGCAUUUUUUGCUGUUUCACUCACGUGUGCGCCUCUAUUGACUUAAGUUUCCAUCGAAAUACGUUUUUUUUUUUUUUUUCCCGACACAGAUUGACAUUUCGUGAAAUGACAACGACUAGGUGAAUAAAUAGCCUGUUAACGUGGCAAACUAGUUACGCUACUCAACUGAAGGAAAUGAGAUUCAUAGGCUACUGUAAUUUUAUUUUUUACAUUUUAGUCAUUUAGCAGAAGCUCUUAUCCAGAGCGAUUUACAGUUAGUGAGUGCAUACGUUUUAAAAAAAAAAUUUCAAAUUUGUUUGAAAAGGAAAAAUAAUGAAUGUGACUGCACUGUUAUGUUUUCUGGAUAACAAAUUGUAAAUGGUUUAUUGUGUAGAUUUCUUGCUCUGCCGUGGUAAUUGUUUAGUAUUGUGCUAGUCCAGUAGGCAUUUUUACAAAUGAAAAAAAAACUGGUGUUGACAAGUAGGCUAGUUUAGCAUUUUGUCCUUAGUUAUCUUUGGGUAAUUUGAGGUCAUCCCUGUGCACACAGAUCCAAGCCCAGCUGUAUUUCCAAUGCAGUUUGUUUUGUUGUUGCAUUUAAAAAUGCUGUUAUCGAGGUAAUUUCCUUAGUAGGUGACAUCAGAAGUUAGCAUGUGGGAGCUCAGGAUGAUAGUUGUCUACGGGGCGGCAGGUAUCUUAGUGGUUAAGAGCGUUGUGCCAGUAACCGAAAGGUCGCUGGUUCUAAUCCCCGAGCCGACUAGGUGAAAAAUCUGUCGAUGUGCCCUUGAGCAAGGCACUUAACCCUAAUUGCUCCAGUAAGUCGCUCUGGAUAAGAGAGUGUGCUAAAUGUACUUGGAGGGCCAUUCAAGUGGAUUUUUUCCAGUCGUAUGUGUUAAAUUUCCACUUCCUUCUUGGUUACGAACGCAGCAUUAGCCCCCAGGUUCUGGUGACGCCACUGAAUGUAUUUGUGUAUUCGUGUGAAAUAUGCACCAGAAGCUGUUUGCAGUUAUUGUAUGCGUUUAAACUGCACAAUUUACAAACUCAUUCAGCUCACAACAAAGAACAGUGUUUUUACUGUGUUAAAUCUCCACCAAUGCCAUAACUAUUUCUCCAUUCUACUUUUAAUACAGGGUUCCUGAUAGUGUAAUUGACAUAUUGAUAGCAUUUCUUUACACCUGCUGUCCCUGACAGUGAUUGCUCCUGUAAGUCGCUCUGGAUAAGAGCGUCUGCUAAAUGACUAAAAUGUAAAAUUAUAUAUCCUACAGAGAGGGAACCUGCUGUGCUGAGAUGGCUAUGGUAUGUCUCACAGACUUUGAGGAGUAUGCCAAGGAGCACCUCUCCAAGGCCACCUGGGACUACUACGCAGCCGGAGCAGACGAGUGCUGCACAAGGGAUGAUAAUCUGCUGGCCUACAAACGGUAGGUACCUCUCCCCAUCCUUUAAACUACAGUAGCCACAAUUCAAUGUCAGUCACUAACAUCACUCAAUAACACGACACCUCAAACUGUAGUGCUUGGAAGAUCCAAAAUAAUCACUUUGUCUCGGUCCCAGGAUCCGUCUGCGACCACGGAUUCUACGGGACGUGUCGAUGAGUGACACCAGGACCACGGUGCAGGGCACAGAGAUCAGCUUCCCUGUGGGCAUCGCCCCCACUGCCUUCCACUGCCUGGCCUGGCAUGAGGGAGAGAUGGCCACCGCCAGGGGUGAGGACUAGGAGGGGUUUAACAGCUGUAGAGGUUGAGCUCUGUAGGCCAAUAGCUUUGUUGUCACUGAGUAUCCUAGGGGUGGUUCACUCAAAAUCUCUUUCUCUUGUUUACUAUUGCUCUUGUUUACUAUUGCUAAUACUGCACAAUUUAAACACUUGCCCCCCAAUUGUGCCUUCCUGUAUUGUACUUAUGUAAAAAAAACAAAUCUACUGAGCCAUUUACUUUAUGUUUUGUAUUCUUAUCUUGUAUUAUUUCUUAUUGUUGUUGCAUUUUCCAGAAGGAACCUGCAAGUAAGCAUUUCAUUGGACGGUGUAUACCAUGUGUAUCCUGUACAUAUGACUAAUAAAACUUUAAACUUUAAACUCUCUUUCUCUUUCCUCAGCUACGGAGGCAGUGAACACCUGUUACAUCACCAGUACCUACUCCACCUGCUCUGUGGAGGAGAUCGCGGCUGCAGCGCCUAACGGCUACCGCUGGUUCCAGCUCUAUGUGUACCGGGACAGAAAGCUGUCUGAAUCCAUCAUUCACCGUGUGGAGGCCCUGGGCUACAAGGCCUUGGUCCUCACCGUCGACGUGCCCUACACCGGGAAGCGCCGCAACGAUAUACGGAACCAGUUCAAGCUCCCGCCGCACCUCAAGGUCAAGAACUUUGACGGGGUCUUCCAGGUAAAUAUUUUUAACAGUAAUGAUUUUGCCAUAAAAUCAUAUAGGGACGGUUUCCUGGACAAAGAUUACGUCUAGUCUUGGACUAAGAAACACUUUCAAUGGAGAAUCUUAAUCUGUGUCUGGGAAACCGGCCCAUAGUGCCAUAAUAGAGAGACAGUAGCUGCUCUAGAAUUAUUUAAGUAUAAUCCAACUAAUGCAUUUCCCAUGAGGCCUCCUUCUGUGUGUAUGUGUUCUGUUAUGUACUGUACUGUGUUCUGUGCUUUACUGUGUUCUCUAUUGUAUGCGUCUGUCGUGUCUGGGUGGGUGUCCCUCUGACUCCUUCUGUAGGAGGCUGCGGGUCCUGCGGGUGAGGAGUAUGGGGUCCCUGCCAACACCCUGGACCCCUCCAUCAGCUGGAAGGACGUGUACUGGCUUCAGUCUCUCACCCGCCUGCCCAUCAUCAUCAAAGGCAUCCUGACGAAGGAGGACGCUGAGCUGGCUGUGGAGCACGGCGUCCAGGGCAUCAUCGUGUCCAACCAUGGAGGACGCCAGCUGGACGGAGGGCCCGCCACAGUAAGAAGGGGCACAGAGUAUAUAACUUCAUCCUCAUUUCAACUCUAUUUGACCCUACAGUCAGCAAGCCAUUUUGUUUAUGAAAUGUUGAUAUUAAAGAACCGGGUUGUAGUCCCGUGUAGCUCAGUUGGUAGAGCAUGGCGCUUGCAACGCCAGGGUUGUGGGUUCAAUUCCCACGGGGGACCAGUAUGAAAACAUUUAUGCACUCACUAACUGUAAGUCGCUCUGGAUAAGAGCAUCUGCUAAAAUGUAAAUGUAAAAUGUUCCAUUUGAUUUCAAUCACUUUUUGACCGCACACCUUUUCAUACAUAUUUGCCCAUGUUAGAAGUGGUCAGAAAGUGAAAUUUUGGACCUGAAUGCCAACACAUUCAAGAGAUAGAAGUGGUCAAAGUUGACCCAUUUUGCAAAACACACCAUACCAUGAGACAUCCAUGUCCUCAUCACUGGAAAAGAUAAACAGUUGAGUUUGAUAUCAUUUAAAAGCUUAGAAACAGGGUUGUCAAACUAUUUUAGAUAUUUUUUUAAUGUAAUGUCAAUUAUCAAAACAUUUCUAAACUCCCAUUUCUUUUAUUUUCGCAUGUGUCCAAACUUAGACCCUAUUUUACAUAAUCUGAAGUGUUUGUGUUGUGCCAGCCAUCGGUUUAGACACAGCAUGCUCUUGAAUACAGGGUGGGUGUCAUGUUUUGGCUGAUAAAUGUACUAAAAGGGAAUACAAUAUAAAUGUCCACUUUCAAAUGGUACCACAAAGACGGUUGGAGGUCCACACAUCAGACAGCGUUGAUUUGAAUGGGAAUAUCAGUUGUUUUAAAUUAUACUGUUAAUAUUCCAUAGGAAGUUUCCUCUGCUCUCUUCUCUACCACAUAGAUAGAUGCCCUGUCUGAGAUUGUGGACACAGUGCAGGGGCGGAUCGAGGUAUAUCUGGACGGGGGCAUCCGCACCGGUAGUGACGUGCUGAAGGCUGUAGCUCUGGGAGCCAAGUGUGUGUUCAUCGGCAGGCCGGCUGUGUGGGGCCUCGCCUAUAAGGUAACUAUUAACGUUGUGUGUGAUCAACCUACUAACUUGAGAUACUGAGAAUAACAAACUGUCUUGCUGCUUAUGUUUGUUCCCUCAGGGUGAAGAGGGGUUGAGGGAGGUACUACAUAUCCUCAACGAUGAGUUCCGUCUGUCAAUGGCUCUGUCUGGUGAGUGAGGAACCAAACUUCUUACAUAAUCAUAUUUUUUCCAGUCUGAGAUUAAAACCCCUUGCUUAGCUAUUAUUACCUCAACCUCAUAACAAUGCAACACCAAUGUUUUGUUUAUCUUUCCUCCCUUAGGGUGCAGGAACGUGGCUGAGAUCAACAGGAACCUCAUCCAGUUCUCCAAACUGUGACUUAACAGCAGGGGUCGCCAGAAUCAGCCUGACGAAUAAAGACGGCAGCAAUACAGCACUAUCCAUUCAAUCAGUAGAACUUCCAAUUAAACCAGAAUUUGGGACAACAAAAUGAAACCUCUCAUAUGAAUCAUAAUGAACUGAAACUGAAUCUGACAUCAAUCUAAUAAAUCCUAGAUUUGAAUAGUUUCAUCCAACGUGGCUGCCUUAGUUCUUGUGGAAAAAUAACCAGACAUAUUUAAAUAAGCAGCUUCAAUAUGAUAUAACCAACAAAAUAUGUUUUUCACUCAGCUGUUCCUAACUCUCAAUGGCUGCCGGCCCCCUGUCAACCCAUCUAUGAAUGAGAGAGGCCUGAUAUUGUGUCUCUGAUGAACAGGGUUGGCAGAGAAUAUGGUGACUAAAGAACAGUGCCUUCGGAAAAUAUUCAUACCCCUUGACUUAUUC